AGCUCCGGCAACACACGUGUACGUUCCUCUCCUCGAAGGACGGAAGCGUUCGCUUACGAGCAGGCUCCGGGAAGCGCGCAGACCACGGAGAAGGAGUUCCUGCCCCGCGCAACAGAAGCAGGUGAAGAUGUAUGGGGAAUGAAAGAUGCCAAGACAAACAACCGUUGCUGUUACUGUCGCCUCUCUGCUGGGCAUUGCAGCAGGAGGCCUGAUUUUCUGGAAACUCAUCCGCCGUCAGAAACACAAAUCUUGUGUUGCACUUAACCUAGGAAGGGCAGUCCAAGAAAGAGAAAAGGAAGACACCUCAGAAGAGAAUUUUCUCUCACUCCAUUCUUCUUCCACAAUCCCCUGGGUGGAGAAGAUUCUUGGGGCAGACGUAGUGGUAAUUUCUGAGGCAGAGCAGUGGAAUGAAGUGGAACCCUUUAUUCAGAAAGUGUUGGUGCGUUGUCCAGUCCUUGGAAUUGACUGUGAGUGGGUCUCAGUCAAAGGGAAGAAGGAUCCGCCUGUGUCUAUCUUGCAACUGGCUGUUUACAGUGGUUUUUGCACUAUUCUUCGCUUGCCCCAGCUGACCAGAGGUGGACAGGUUCUUCCAAAGACUUUGCUGGACAUUCUGGCAGAUGGUGGCAUCCUGAAAGUUGGAGUAGGGUGUUGGGAAGAUGCUUGCAAGUUACUUCAUGGCUACGGUGUCACAGUGAAAGGGAGCGUGGACCUUCGGUAUCUAGCUAUAAGACAGAAUAAGGUCCUUCCCCAAAAUGGACUCAGCCUCAAAGCUCUUUCUGAGAGCAUCCUCAGCUACCAACUUGACAAGUCUUUUCACCUGCGCUGCAGCAACUGGGAAGAAGAAGAACUGACUCCAGAACAGGUUGCUUAUGCUGCCAGGGAUGCCCAGGUGUCAGUAGCUCUGUUCCUCCACCUGUUGAACUUGCCCUUCCUUCCAGCAGGCAGUAAAUAUGCUCUUCUUCCUGGUUGGGAAAAAGUCCUGAAGAUGUGUCAGGGUUUGGCAGAUGUACCUUUCAAAGGAAUAAACAGGAGUAGCUUUGGAGAUGACGAAAUUACAGGAGGCCCAGAGAAAAAAAGAAACUUUCCAAAGUCAGUAAAUGAUGGACACUCCCCUGUCAAUCAACAAUCAAAGGAUCCUCGGAAGCUCAAGCGAAAGCCGUUGGGCAUUGGAUAUUCUGUCAGAAAAUCUCCCUUGUAUGACAAUUGCUUCUUACAUGCUCCAGACGGGCAGCCUCUAUGCACUUGUGAUCGCAAGAAGGCUCAGUGGUACCUUGACAAAGGCAUUGGAGAGUUAGUGAGCAUGGACCCAUUUAUUGUGAAGCUACAGUUUGAACCUUCUGGGCGCCCUGAAUCUAAAGUGGAUUAUUACUUGACUGUCAAAGAGAACCUGUGUGUUGUGUGUGGCAAACGGGAGUCUUAUAUUCGGAAGAACAUAGUUCCUCACGAGUACCGGAAGCACUUCCCCAUCCAGAUGAAGGACCACAACUCCCACGACGUGCUUCUCCUCUGCACCUCCUGCCAUGCCAUCUCCAAUUACUAUGACAACCAUCUCAAGCAGCAGCUGGCUGAGGAGUUUGGCGCCCCCAUUGGUUGCGAGGAGGGCGUCCGCCUCCUGGAAGACCCCAUCCGCAGGCAGGUCCGCUCAGGCGCCAGGGCUCUCUUGAAUGCAGACAGUCUUCCCCAUGCCAGGAAGGAGGAGUUGCUACAGGUGAUCAAGGACUACUUUGACUCUGUGACAGUUUCCCCGGAGAUGCUGCAGGAAGCAGCUGGACUGGAAACCAGGAUUUGUAACGAGAACUACAUGCCACAUGGCCUAAAAGUGGUCCAGUGUUUUUCUCGCGGGGGCCUUCGCUCUCUCAUGCAGCUGGAGAGGCGCUGGCGACAACACUUCUUGGACGUUAUGCAGCCCAGGUAUCUCCCGACGCAGUGGUCUGUCAGUCACAAUCAUGAGAAGCUGAUCCAAAAAUAUGGGGAGCAUCUCCAGGUCGAACUUUCUUGAAGCGUCAUGAGGACUAAUACGCUAAGAAGGUGACGGGAAAUAUACUUGGGAAACCUGGGAAAUAAACUGGGCCUCUUUGUUUUCCAUUACGCGCCUAUAAUGGAUGUGCAGGAUCUUGCUCAGAUUGCCUGUCGCUUAGGAAAUGGUCAGCUGUGUCAAAUCAGCAAAACCGUGUGAAAUGGUUAAAACGUGCAGUUUUUUACGUUCUGAAUAAAUUUUAAGUACCAUUUGAA